GAUCAUAUGCAAAUAAUUAUUUAACAAGAUAUGCAGUGAAUAAUUCCGUCAAUAUAUGUACAUAGGAAUAAAUAUUUUGCAAUCAUGACGAAAAGUAAACGAGUUAGCGAUAAUGGUUGGAAACCUGUAACGUUAGAAGGUUCCUUAUUGUCCAACGAUAUAGAAGGAUUAAUUGGAAUAGAGGAAUUGACGGAUUACAACUUAGAGCGGAGUAGUAAAAAAGGCAAAGUUAUAACAACAAGAGUAAAAUCUACUGAGGAAAAGAAAUCAGUAUCAAAGCGCAAGUGUCCAAAGGAACAGGAAGAGACUGAUAUCAACAACAUUGAGCCUUCUACAAAGAAAUCGAAGAUAAAGAAAGCUGAAGUAAAACGCCCAAAGAUAAAGAAUGAGAAAAUAAAGCCAGCAAAUUUUAAAAUCACUGAUCAACAAACUGAUUCUGACAGUGACAGUGAUUCGUACUGUGAUAUAGACAGUGAUAAAAAUUUGGCCAAGAUUAAUGCUGAAGCAUGGCGCUCUAUGGGUGUUCCUACUGCUGUAAUAAAAGCUUUAGCUGAUCAGAAUUUUCAUUCUCCUACCAUGAUACAAACACGGACAUUGCCAGCUGCUAUAUUAGGUCGCAGAGAUAUAUUAGGUGCUGCUGAAACUGGUAGCGGCAAGACAUUAGCAUUUGGAAUUCCAAUUAUAAAAGGUAUUUUGGAUUUGAAGAACCAGAAUAAAGAUCAAAAUUGUCCUGAAAAAGGUACUGAAGAGUCUGAUUCAGAAAAUAUAGUCUUAUCGGAAUUGGAGAAUUAUGUGAAUAUUGUAAAUGAUACAAAGCUUCAUGAUUGUCAUAAUAUUCCAACCAAACCCUUGUAUGCACUAAUCUUGACACCAACUCGUGAAUUAGCAAUUCAAAUAAGAAACCAUCUUACUCAGGCAGCAAAGUAUACAGAUGUUAAAAUAGCUGUUGUCCUUGGAGGUAUGGCAGCAGUGAAACAAGAAAGGAUGUUAAACAAGGGACCUGAAAUUGUCAUUGCUACACCUGGAAGACUGUGGGAAUUAAUUCAAGAAGGCAACUCUCAUCUAAGUCAAAUAGAUUCCAUCAGAUAUUUAGCUAUUGAUGAGACAGAUAGAAUGAUGGAAAAGGGUCAUUUUCAAGAAUUACAUGAUCUAUUGGAAAAAAUGAAUGCAAACCCAGCGAAAAUGCAGAAACGACAGACAUUUGUUUUUUCGGCUACAUUGACUAUGGUACACGAUCUCCCGGAUUACCUUGAUAGAAAAAAGAAACGUUAUGUCAGGAGUAAAAUAUGUAAACUUACAUCCAAUCAAAAAUUGCAAAAAAUUAUACAGUUAUUAAAAAUAAAAAAUCCUAAAGUCGUUGAUCUGACAAAAGAAUCAGGUAUUGUCGAUAACUUAACGGAAUGUCGAAUAGCAUGCACAAUUGACCACAAGGAUUAUUAUCUUUAUUAUUUCUUAAAAAGACAUAACGGAAGGACGUUAGUAUUUUGUAACAGCAUUGGAUGCGUAAAAAGAUUGGCCACUCUUUUCAAUAUACUUGAAUGCAAGCCUUUACCUCUGCACGCCAAUAUGCAGCAACGGCAACGCUUAAAAAAUCUUGAAAGAUUUCAAGCUGAUGAGAAUGGAUUAUUAAUAGCCACAGACGUAGCUGCGCGAGGUUUAGAUAUACCUAGUAUAGAGCAUGUGAUACAUUAUCAGGUUCCUAGGACAGCUGAGAAUUAUGUACAUAGAAGCGGUAGAACGGCGAGAGCACAAAAGGAAGGUAUCACGGUUUUAAUGAUGGAACCUUCUGAAAAACAGAAUUACAUCAAAUUAUGCAAAACUCUCGGACGCACGGAUGAUUUGCCUAUAUUUCCGGUGGUAGACAGAAUACUAAUCACCAUAAAAGAAAGAGUGAACGUCGCUCGUGAUAUCGAUAAGCUAGAAUUGAAAUAUCGUCGACAGAACAAUCAGAAAAGUUGGUUACAAAAAGCAGUGGAGGACAUGGAAAUGAUUUUGGACGAGGAGGACGAUGAUGAAUCGUCGACGGAAUCAGAAGAAGCAGCAGCGUUGAGACGGCAAUUAAAGGCAAAAAAAAAUCAAUUGCGAUCUUUAUUAUCAAAGCCAGUAUUCCCGAAAGGAUUCUCGGGAAAAUAUCUUGAUACUAAUUUGAACGUAGAUGUAACUCAGGAUGCACAAAAGGCUAUCGAAGUAAUGAAAAAAGUAAUAGAAAAUAAUACUGAUAAAAGUAAAGAUAGCAAUGCCACAUCUCAGAAAAGACAACACACGCAAAAAUUAAGAUCUAAAAAGUUAAAAAAGACAUAA